CAAAAUGUAACGGGCGUAUCAGAAUUCCAACUCCUGAGCCUCUCAGAGGACCCAGACCUGCAGCCCCUCCUCUUUGGACUGUUCCUGUGCAUGUACCUGGUCACAGUGCUUGUGAACCUACUCAUCAUCCUGGCUGUCAGCUCUGACUCCCACCUCCACACCCCCAUGUACUUCUUCCUCUCCAACCUGUCCUUGGCUGACAUCGGUUUCUCCUCCACCACAGUCCCAAAGAUGAUCAUGAACAUCCAAACUCACCGCAGAGCCAUCUCCUAUGUGGGCUGCCUGACACAGAUGUCCUCUUUUAUCUUUUUUGGAUGCAUGGAUGAUCUGCUUCUGACUGUGAUGGCUUAUGACAGGUUUGUGGCCAUCUGUCAUCCUCUGCAUUAUCUGGUCAUUAUGAGCCCUCGCCAUUGUGGCUUCUUAACUUUGGUGUCAUUUUUGCUGAGUCUUUUGGACUCCCAGCUGCACAGUUUCAUGACCUUAAAUAUUACCAGCUUCAAGGAUGUGGAAAUUUCUAAUUUCUUCUGUGACCCUUCUCAACUGCUGAAUCUCUCCUGUUCCAACACUUUCUCUGAUAACAUUGUCAAGUAUUUUCUGGGAGCCUUCUAUGGCCUUUUUCCCAUCUCAGGGAUCCUUUUCUCUUACUACAAAAUUAUUUCCUCAAUUCUGAGGAUCCCCUCCUUAGGUGGGAAGUACAAAGCCUUCUCCACCUGUGGGUCUCACCUGGCAGUUGUUUGCUUAUUUUUAGUGACAGCCUCCACAGUGUACCUUGGAUCAGUUGCAUCACAUUCUCCCAGAAAUGAUGUGGUGGCUUCUGUGAUGUACACUGUGGUCACCCCCAUGCUGAACCCCUUUAUCUACAGUCUGAGGAACAGGGACAUUAAAAGUGCCCUGUGGAGACUGUACAGCAGGUCACUCUGA